CACAUGUGCGUUCAAGUUCAGGGAACAGAGAUCUCACCCGAGGAAUACCACAGCGACGCCGGAUGGACGCUCGCGGGGGAACGCAUGUCGAGGCUGCGCCAGCGGACCCCCGCCAGCGGCAAGGCCGACGGACCCGCCGGGAGUCAAACAAGCACGAGGUCAAAAUUCUACAAGAACGCCAGAGCCUCGGCCAUCAAGGCAGCACGCAUGCCAGCCAUGCCACUAGAAGAAACCAAGAUAGUUGUCAGACCCAGAGGGGGACUGGACAUCGUCAAGACCGGCACCACCAGCGUCGCUGCGGCCAUACUCACUGCGGCCAAGAUCACGAGCGAGGAAAGCGCCGCGGACACCAUCUGCCCCAACACACAACAGAACAUCAUGGUCGUAAGUACACCGAACGAAGACAACGCGGCAAGGUACGCUAAAAUCCAGGAGAUAUCCAUUCAAGGCAAACCCUACGAGGUCAGCGCAUAUCGCACGGCACCUCACGACACCGUGAAGGGCGUCAUCAGAGGCAUCCCCAUCGACGCGAGCGCCGAAGAGCUAGAUAGAAAGAUCGUCAACGAGAGGAACCCGCUAGCAGUGGCCUCAGAAAGGAUUGGAAGCACGACCACUGCGAUUGUGGUGUUCCAGGGGCCCAAGGUACCGAACUUUGUCCGAUACGGAGUCACCCUGAUACCGUGCCGCCUCUACAAGAAACAGAUCGACGUCUGCCAGCAGUGCGGCCGAGUGGGACACCGCAAGGACGUUUGCCCGACCCCCACAAUCAAGACGUGCCUGGCCUGCGGACUCGCGAACCCCACAGAAGACCAUCGCUGUACCCCAAAAUGUCAGUUAUGCGGAGGCGAACACCCGACCGGAGACCGAACGUGCAAGGCGAAAUACAAGGUCCCCUACGUAGUGCGCAAGCGACAAUGGGAGCGCCGACAGGCCGAACGCCAGCUGCUGUCGGAGAGCGAUUUCCCGCCACUCGACAAGCCGCCAGCUGCGCGAAAGUCGAGGACGCCAUCGGAUAACCGCGCGCCCAAAUCCAGAGACAGCAGUUGUUGCAAGAGAAGCCUCAGCAGGAAAACGUCACCAUCACGUGAGCGAGUGAGCUGGGUCGACGCAGCGAAAGGAAACAACAUAAGGAACGCGCAGAAAAUCACCGAAACCACGAAGAAAGAAGAUAUGAAUAAGGUCCGGGAGGCAAAUGAGCUCCUAAGACAAGAAAACGCGGCGUUGCGAGCGACCAUCAACAACCUCACGAAAGAGAUCGCCGAGAUUCGUCAGUUGCUGCUAGGCAACGACGAGCCUCUACAGAGACCCACGCCAAGCAUAAGCAAGGCCGAGGAAACGACAACGAACAUCCCGGAGAAAGCCAUAGAGGAACCGGCACCGAAGAAGCGAGCCAUCGAGGCCACGCGCACGCAAACAGAAAACGAUCGCAUCGACAGCCUCGAAGCGAAAUUCGAAGCGACAUUCAGCAAACUCGAACAGCUAAUCACGAAAAACAUCGCAGCAGUGACAGCACUGAAACAAACAAUGGAGACCUACCAAGCCGAUAACACGAACAGAUUCGCCUACAUCGAAAGGACCCUACAGCCGAUGGUAGGCCACCCGACGUUUGCGCCCCUCUUCGCGCAUCCGGCUGUCCCUUACCGGCACUGCAAGUCGGAGCUCAUACGUCGGCUAUCACUCUCGGAAGACCAGAUGAGGGCAGCGCUGGAUUAA